AUGACUGAUGCUAAAGACGGCGUAUCCCUCUUUGACCUUGCGUCUGGCACCUCAGACCUCAUCGCUCACCUUCGCGCUAGUGACCUACGCUACCGCGCCGCCCUCCCAGCCGAGUUCUUAGACAAGAACCCUCCCCCGAUGUACAUCACACUCUACUUCAUAGUCACCCGACUCCCUGACUCUCUUUGCGUAGUCAGGGACCACUUUCUAGCCGUCCCCCCCACCAACCUCACAGUCGACGACCUUGAGAAGCACCUUCUUGCAGCUGAGUCCAACAUGGUCGCUGUAGGUGCUGCUCGUGGCACUCCCCGCACUCCCCUCUUUGAAGGGUGUGCCCCCUCCCCCCUUGCCCCCUCCCACGCCUCUGCUGCUGCUGUUGACUUCCUUGGUGCUGAGGAGGUCGGUGCCGCUUCUGCCCCUAGUGGGAAGCGCCGCAGCGGCAAGGGCAAGGGAGGCAAGUGUGGCAGCGGUGGCAGCGGGGGGGGUGGUGGUGGAGGCGGAGGCGGUGGGGGUGGUGCCGGUGGGGGUGGUGGCGGGAGUGGAGGUGUCGGUGGCGGCGGUGGCGGCAGCGGUGGGCGUGGUGGUGGUGGAGGUGGCGGUGGUGGGAGCGGUGGCGGUGGUGGCAGCAGCGUAGGUGGUGGCGGCAGUGGGAGCGGUGGUACCGGCGGUGGUGGCGGCGGUGGUGGCGGACGUGGUGGAGUUGUUCAGCGGGGAGGUGCUGGUAGUGGCCAGCGCCAGCAGCAGCAGCGUCCGCACGAGCCCCUCACGCCCCAGCAGCUUCGUGAGUGGUACGCUCAGCGUGGGGCGUCUGGGGGUAGUGCUCGCUGCCCGUACGUCAUUCGUUCUUGGGACCGCGCUGGUCAGACAUGUGGGAAGUUUCACACUGAGUACCGCUGUUUCUCCCGCCUUGACGACGCCUGGCACGCCCAGUUUCCUGACGCAGUGGAGCUCCCCCGCUGGGCGGACCUGCUUAAGCGCGAUAUUAAUAUCUUUGCACUUGACUUUGAUGCUAUCCUUGCUGCCAUGUAUGCAUUGACUGUUAGUGCUGAUGGGGACUGUUACUUGUGUAUGCCACCAGACCCAGGAAUAGAGUUUGCUGCUAGUGAGUCUACUCUCUCUCGUACUGCGCCUGUUGAGGCCUUGCACACCUUCACUCUUGACUCAGGUGCUUCUCGCUGUUUCUUUCGUGACAGUACCGCACUCACACCGCUCCCUAGACCGGUUGCGGUCUCCCUGGCUGACCCCUCUGGGGGUCACGUGCUUGCACGCUCCUCCACUGUGCUCCCGUGUCCGGCGGUUCCGUCCGGCUCACUGUCAGGUCUCCACCUCCCCUCGUUCUCGACGAACUUGGUGAGCACCGCUGUCCUGCAGGAUGCGGGGGUUGAUACCUUCACCCCUGGACGACAGCGUGUGGCGAUCUGUCUCUCCCUCCCUCCCUCGCCUGCCCCACCCUGCAUUCCUUGCGUCGAGGGGCGGCAGCACGCCGCUCCUCACUCCUCCGAGUUUCCCCCGACGACUGCUCCCCUGCAGACCCUCCACAUGGACGUGUGGGGCCCAGCCCACGUCCAGGGACAGGGCCGCGAGCGGUACUUUCUGCUGGUUGUUGACGACUACUCGCGUUACAUCACGGUCUUCCCCUUGCGCAGCAAGGGUGAGGAGGAGGGCAUCCUCCAGUCGUUCACGCUUCCGGCCUCUCCGCAGCAGAAUGGGGUUGCUGAGCGCCGCAUUGGCCUUGUCAUGGAGGUCGCUCGUACCUCCAUGAUCCAUGCGGCUGCUCCCCAUUUUCUGUGGCUGUUUGCGGUCCGGUACGCUGCGCAUCAGCUCAACCUCUGGCCCCGUGUCUCCUUGCCGGAGACCUCGCCCACACUGCGUUGGACGGGGGAGGUUGGCGAUGCGAUGCGGUUCCGGGUCUGGGGCUCUCGUGCCUUAGUGUGCGAUACCACCGCGGACAAGCUCUCCGUUCGCGCCAUUCCCUGCGUUUUCCUUGGCUUUGUCUCUGACGCGCCUGGCUGGCAGUUUUACCACCCCACCUUGCGCCGUGUCUUCCCCUCUCAGCACAUCACGUUUGACGAGUUGGUUGCCUUUUACCGACUCUUCCCCUACCGUGCUGCUCCUCCCCCGCCACCGCCACUCUUCCUCGCUCCAGGUCCCCCUCCGGUAGACCCCCUCCCCCCUUCUGGUCCUGCUCCUUCAGGUGCUGCGUCUUGGGGUGCUGAGCCUGAGUGUGAGGAGCCUGGGGGUGUUGAGCCUGCGCGUGCGGAGCCUGGGGGUGCUGAGCCUACGAGUGCGGAGCCUGAGGGUGCUGAGCCUGCCCGCGUGGAGCAUGAGGGUGCUGAGACUGCGACUGCGGAGCUUGGGGGCGCUGAGCCUGCGAGUGCGGAGCCUGGGGGUGCUGAGUCUGGGGGUGCAGAGCCUGGGGGUGCUGAGCCUGGGAGUGCGGAGCCUGGUGGUGCUGAGAGCCUCUCUUACCACAGCAGUUGCACGAGUGGUACGCUCGCCUCUGUCGCCUUCAGAGUGACACUGCUGGAGCUAGAGGCACUGGAGCUGGAGACGCUGGAGCUGGAGGUACCGGAGGAGCUGGAUCUACUGGUCCUGGAGGCGUUGGUGCUGGAGGCACUAGAGCUGGAGGCGCUGGAGCUGGAGACACUGGAGCUGGAGGCACUGGAGCCGGUGGCGCUGGAGGCGCUGGAGCCAGAGACACUGGAGCUGGAGGCGUUGGAGCUGGCACCACUGGAGCUGGCGGUGCUGGCGCUGGAGGUCCUGGAGCUGGAGGCCCUGUGCAGCAGCGACCGUUUUUCGAGCCGCCGCCGCACCUGUCUGAGCUUCCGCCCGAGUUGGUGCUCCGCCAGGUUCUUAGUCUUCCUUCGUCCACUGCCCUUCCUCCUGGCUCGCCGCUGCCUGCCCCGUCUCGUUACACUGAGCAGCCGGUCUCCCUUACAGAGCGUCGUGAGCCUGCGUCUCGUCCUGCCUCCCUUGUUCGCGCUGUUCGCACUGCUCGCCGUGUCCCGCGUCCGCGUCCUCCUCCUGUGCCAGGCACUCACACUAUGGCACUUCGUCCCUCCUCUGCUCCACAGCGCGUCCCGCUGCCGUCUCCUCCCUGGCCCUGAGUCUGACCGUGUUCGUGCUGCUAGCCCCACAGUCACGCGUCUUCUGGCUACAGUCGUCACUGACCCGUCGUUUGAGUCCGCUGCUGCGUCUGCCUUAGUUGCUGAGCUUGUCGACUUAACUACUGCGUGUCGUCUAGACUACGCUGCCAGUCUUGUUGCUGAGUCUGAGUCUUUCUGUCCUCCGUCCGUCGGGGGUGAGUGUGCUCUUGGCACGGACGUCCUUGAGGACAGGCAGGAGGACUUUGACUCUCUUGCGGCUGCUGUACCUCAUCUCGUGGCCUGGCUGCUUGCACCUGAGGGAGACCCGGAUGCACCAAACAUCCCGACCCCGCGCUCUUACGCAGAGGCGAUCUCGGGUCCCUACUCCUCUCAGUGGCAGACAGCCAUGGACGCAGAGAUGGCAUCCUGGAAGUCCACAGGCACCUACGUCGACGACGUUCCCCCUCCUGGGGCAAACAUAGUCGAUGGCAUGUGGAUUUUCAAGGUGAAGCGGCCGCCGGGUUCUCCGCUUGUCUUCAAGGCUCGUUACGUUGCACGAGGCUUCAGUCAGCAACAGGGAGUUGACUUCUUUCAGACCUUCUCCCCUACCCCGAAGAUGACCACUCUUCUGGUACAACUGCACGUUGCCGCACAGCGUGACUACGAGCUCCACUCUCUUGACUUCAGCACAGCUUUCUUGCAGGGUAGCCUGCACGAGGAGAUCUGGCUGCGUCGCCCACCUGGCUUCACUGGGUCGUUCCCUCCUGGUACCCAGUGGAGCCUCCGGCGGCCAGUCUACGGUCUCCGCCAGGCGCCUCGUGAGUGGCACGACACACUGAGGACGACACUUGCGGCUCUUGGGUUUGCUCCCUCCACUGCAGACCCGUCGCUGUUUCUUCGCACCGACACUUCUCUGCCGCCGUUCUACAUCCUCGUGUACGUCGACGACUUGGUCUUUGCCACUGCUGACACUGAGGCACUCGCCCUUGUGAAGUCGGAGCUGCAGAAGAGACACACGUGCACAGACCUGGGUGAGCUGCGCAGCUACCUUGGCUUGCAGAUCACCCGGGACAGAGCACGCCGCACCAUUACCCUGACUCAGUCACACAUGGUGCAGCAGAUCCUUCAGCGCUUCGACUUCCAGUACUCCUCACCACAGUCCACUCCUCUGUCUACACGUCACUCGCUCUCAGCUCCACCUUCGAAUCAGUCCGUAGAGCCGAGUGGCCCGUGCCCAGAGCUUGUGGGCUGCCUCAUGUACCUGAUGACCUGUACUCGACCUGACCUUGCGUACCCUCUUAGCAUCCUAGCUCGCUACGUUGCGCCUGGGAGACACCGGCGAGAGCACUGGGAGGCUGCUAAGAGGGUGCUGCACUACUUGUGCAGUACAUCAGGCAUGGGGCUGGUGCUUGGAGGACGGGGUGACGUUGUCCUCACUGGACACUCAGACGCCUCUUGGGUUGACGACCUGGCUACACAGCGGUCGUCACAGGGUUACACCUUCAGCCUUGGUUUCGGCUCUGUCUCUUGGCGGUCUACCCGCUCUUCUUCUGUUCUCAGCUCUAGUUGUGAGGCUGAGAUCUACGCCACAGCCAUGGCUGCACAGGAGUUACGCUGGCUCACCUACCUGCUGACUGACUUGGGAGAGCGGCCUCGUUCCCCUCCAGUUCUGUACGGCAACAACAAGGCAACCCUCGCCUUGUGUCAGGAGCACAGAGUGGAGCACAGAACGAAGCACAUCGCUUUGCGUUACUUCCUGGCUCGAGAGCUGCAGCAGCGUGGCCAGCUUCGUCUUGCUUACGUGGACACGCGGGCCAACACUGCUGAUAUAUUCACCAAGGCACUUCCGCCUAGUGAUCAUCAGCGGCACUGCACUGCUCAAGGCCUAGUGCCUACGUUCUCUCACUUGCUCACUGCUUGA